UUCACACACAGUUUCGGGUGUCAGUUCGGUAAAAAUGGUUAAUGAAACGCCACCAGAAGUGAAAAAAAGUGAAAAAGCCGAAAACUACUUUUCGGAGUUUUCACAAAAUACAACAAUUCACGGGUUCAGAUAUUUCGGAGGUCCUAACUUUUCCAUAUUUGACAAAAUUUGGUGGUUUGUGGCGUUCUGUUUGUGUGCUUACAUUUGUGCUUCUUUGAUUUUGUCAAAUUGGAAAAAAUGGGACGAAAAUCCCGUUUUCCUCAGCGUGAGUCCAAAACCAAUGAAACAGUGGGAAAUUCCAUUUCCUGCCAUAACAAUUUGUCCCGAAAAUAAAAUUUGGAAAACGAAAUAUAAUUACACACACUAUAAAGAAAAAUUUGAAACUGGGAAUAUGACAGCUGAAGAAUUGCAACAUUAUGCAGAUGUUACAAUGUUUUGUCUAGCGACACCAGAAAGUUACAUGUUUGAUGGUCACAAUAUGAGUAUUGAUUCUUUAAACGUGUUAAUUAAUGAAUUUUAUGAAACUCGAUCGUUGAUCGUUUUAUGUAUGUGGCUUGGACGCACUGUACAAAUGUGUAAUUUUAAAUUUUCGCCCAUUCUUACAAAAAAUGGACUCUGUAUAUCGUUCAAUAUGUUAAAUAGGCAUGAUUUAUUUACGGAUAAAACGUACAUUUUUGAGGGCCAUUUCCAGCAUGACAAUGUUUCAAACUGGGAUUUUGACAAUAAUUAUGCCAAAGUUAACGAAAUUGGUUUCCCGCUCCGAUCUUCAAAAAUCACCGAUUCUCUCACAGUUCGACUGAACUUGGACACAAAAAAUAUUGAUAAAAAUUGCGACUCUUACCAAGGCUACAAGAUUUAUGCCCACCAUCCGACAGAAUUACCCUCAAAAUACGUCAAAAUCGACAAUGAGAAAAUAUACAAAUUUGAGAUCAAACCAGAGGCCACAAUAACCGAUUCCAGUUUGAAAAAUUACGAGCCACAUCGACGCAAGUGCUUUUAUUCCGACGAAAGACGUUUGAAGUUUUUCAAAAUUUAUACGAAGCAAAAUUGCGAUAUCGAAUGCCUGGCAAAUUUUACUUUGAAGUCUUGUGGGUGUGUUCCUUAUUACAUGCCAUUCGAAAAAUCGACCCCAAUUUGCGGAUAUUCGAGGUUCGUGUGCCAGAGCAGGGCUCGAGAACAGCUUCUAGACAUGGAGAUGUUAUCCGAAGUUGAAAAAAACUCAGAUUUGGCUGUUUGUGAUUGCUUGCCUUCUUGCACAACAAUCAAAUACAAUCUAGAUGUGAAUACUGAAGAAUCUGGCACCGAAAUUGGCAUCAUGGGCAAUAUUUUCACAUCCUUAAAGUUCGCAUUUAAUGACAUAGAAUUUGUUCCACUGACUCGCAACGAACUGUUUGGAAGUGUGGACUUUUGGGCCAAUUUGGGAGGACUUUUAGGGCUUUUUUGCGGAUUUUCCGCAAUGUCCUUCUGUGAAAUUAUUUACUACUUAACGCUGCGUUGGAUGGGCCCUUGUUGUUCUUUUUGCAAGCGAAAAAUAAGGGGCUCAAAGUAGAAAAAACAUUUUUUUCAAAUAAAGUUUAUUGUUCUUCACUUUGUCACUUUUAAUUUAUUAAAAUUGAUCUAAAUCUU